CAGAGCUUGUUGUCAGAAGGUUGAGGCAAUAUGGCAGCCUUCUUAGUUUAGCAGGAAGAGUCUGUGAGUAAAUAAACAUUGACUGGAAGCGAACAGCAUUUUCUAUAAAUUGUUUCUGGUUCUGGAACAAACUGAAAUUGCACUUCAGAAAGAAAAUGUCAAACGACGGUAGCAAAAAGCAAUUCUGGAAGAGAAACGUCGCUAAGGUGCCUGGCAGUAUACAACAUGUGUAUGGAGCUCAGCACCCACCUUUUGACCCUCUUCUCCAUUCAAAUUUAAUCAAACAUGGCAACAAAACGCAGACAACACCAGUGAAACCAAAGAAAGCAACAACUUUUCAGGAGUUUGAAAGUAUUACCAGUGAUGCAUGGGAUGUUGGAGAUGAUGAUGAUGAACUUCUGGCCAUGGCUGCUCAGAACUUGAAUAUAGAAGUUGUCAUGGAAACUGCCAAUAAAGUUAUUGAGAACCACAGCAAAUUACAAGAACAGCAAAAACAGCAAGAAGAUACUUCUGAGAAAUGUGAGGAAGAGGAGGAAGGAGAAGAAACUGCACCAGAGCUUUCUUUUCAGUUGGAACCUGGUCAUUACAGUGAUAACAGAAUGGUGAAGUCACUUAGUGAAGCCCACAUUGUAGCGUCAAAAGAGGGUGUUUUUGAAAGAGCAACUCUUCAGAGGCAGCAGUCUCUUCCACAUCGGCGUGUCAUUCCUUUGGUAGCACGGAUGGCAGACCAGAACACAUCUGGAACACCAGCAAUGACAGAAAGAGAAGCUUCACGGUUGGACAAAUUUAAACAGCUGCUAGCAGGCCCAAAUACUGAUCUUGAUGAACUUAGGAAAUUAAGCUGGUCUGGGAUUCCAAGACAAGUUCGCCCAAUAACCUGGAAACUACUUUCCGGGUAUCUUCCUGCAAAUGCAGAAAGAAGAGAGAGCACAUUGCAGAGAAAAAGACAAGAAUAUUUUGGUUUCAUUGAGCAGUACUAUGACUCUAGAAACGAUGAACACCAUCAGGAUACUUAUAGGCAGAUUCACAUAGAUAUUCCUCGUAUGAGCCCUGAGAGUUUAAUACUUCAGCCUAAAGUAACAGAGAUUCACAUUGACAUUCCAAGAACUAAUCCUCUUAUUCCUCUCUUUCAACAAGCUUCUGUGCAAGAGAUCUUUGAACGCAUUCUCUUCAUUUGGGCUAUCCGACACCCAGCCAGUGGCUAUGUGCAAGGAAUAAAUGACCUCGUCACUCCGUUCUUUGUCGUCUACGUUUUUGAAUAUAUUGAGGAAGAGGUGGAAAAUUUUGAUGUUUCCAGUCUGCCUGAAGAAGCUCUGCGUAACAUUGAAGCUGACAGUUUCUGGUGCAUGAGCAAGUUGCUUGAUGGCAUUCAGGACAACUAUACCUUUGCCCAGCCUGGAAUUCAGAGGAAAGUGAAAGCUUUGGAAGAACUUGUUAGCCGGAUCGAUGAACAUGUGCACAGGCACUUGCAGCAAUAUGAGGUAGAGUACUUGCAGUUUGCUUUCCGCUGGAUGAAUAAUCUUCUGAUGAGGGAACUUCCGCUGAGGUGCACCAUAAGGCUUUGGGACACAUACCAGGCCGAGCCAGAGGGUUUUUCACACUUUCACCUGUAUGUCUGUGCAGCUUUUCUAGUAAGAUGGAGGAAAGAAAUUUUAGAAGAAAAGGAUUUUCAAGGACUGAUGAUCUUGUUGCAGAAUCUACCUACGAUGCACUGGGGAAAUGAGGAAAUCAGUGUUCUCCUGGCAGAAGCUUAUAGAUUAAAGUACGCAUUUGCAGAUGCACCAAAUCACUACAAAAGAUGAGCCUCAAUUAAAAUGGUGAAAGAACUACUGAAUUAAAGUCUUCUUUUUCUAGUUUAUUCCAACUUCACAGCUAUAAUGAGAUUAAAGCGUGGUUUUUGGAUUCAGUGUACAGUUCUUAAAACAAUUACAGUUUUCUUUGAUAUUACAAAUAUGCACACUCCAGUGUCAUAUUCUUCCUUUCUACUCAUCUUAAUUAAUCUGACUUACAAAAUGGUAGUAAAGAAGUAUAUUAAAAAGCCCAUAAACACAGACAAAUGAUAAUAUAGUGUCCCUACAUAGAAAACAUUUUUUUUGUAUUUUUUUUUACGCUUACUGAUUAACUGAAGCAAUUUUCUGACAGUGUAAAUGCUUCUUAAUUUAAGGCCUACCAUCUGCUGUACUUAACAGGGUUUGCUGUUCUGGUGAAGUUUAAAAAAUGCACUGCUCAUCUCUAAUGUAACUAGUCUGUAUCAGCUUACAAGUGCUAACCAUGAUGCCCCUAGCACAAUUCACAAUAAAAUGAAAUAAAAAGGUCAAGAAGAAGGUGUAUAUGCACACACCUUUAUAGAGAUAUAUUAUAUUACCAUUGGAUCUAAAGAUAGCAAUGGUUGUAAAUGCAAAAUAUGCUUAUUAGGCAAUAAAGAAGUGUCCCAUAAGCCGUAAGUGAUGGAAGUCAUGAUUUCUUUCACCUUCACUAAACUAGGCAAAUACCUUGAUGACACUUCAUAACAAAAAGACUACCUCAGGAAAAGUCAGGUUUAAACUUUUCACCCUUUUUAUUGAAUAUAUAUUGUUGUGGUAGUCUAUGUCAUCUUGUAGAAGACCAAUAGAAAAUUUAAUUCAAUAACCCCUAGUGUUUACCAUGUAAUGACGUCUUAAAUUUGCCUUAAACGUGACUGUACAAUUUCAGUUUGUGAAGGAUUGAGAGUUUUGUUAAUGUUAUGUGUAUACUAUUUGUGUAAGUAUGCUAGUUAAAAGUGAAUAUACAUUUUCUUACAAAUUUAUCAACCAAGAUUAAAACUUAUGGUAGCUGCAUGAACCCAUUGCUGUUUUAAAGUACAGAAAGUGUGUAUGUGUGUAUUGGGCGCAUCUUGUUUUCAAGACACUAAUGUUUUCAGUGCUAAAUUGUAUGGGAAAAUAGCCUUUUAUUCUUUUUUCUUUCUUUGUGCCAUUUAGAGGCUUUUAUUUUAUGUGCCAGUUUAACAAUUUAGUAUUCCCCACUUUAUAUUUGACAAUAAUAUAUUUUUUUCCAUUUUGUAAUAAAAUCAAUUAUUCAGAUCAACCUUCUUAUUUUCCUUUUUAUAUACUGUUUACAUAAAGUUAUGUUGUGCCUAACAUGAGGAUUCUACAUCUUAGAUAUUUAUUUUAAACGUAUAAUGAUGUUUGCAAAAUAAAACAAACUGGAAGAAUUUUAAGAACAAACAACCAUUUGCUAAGCCAUAAUAAAACGUCUUGAUUAAACAGUAUCAGUUAACCUUUUGUUUUAUUUUUAUUACAACAAGUGACUGUACAGACUAAACAUGAAAAUCAGUACAUCAACAAUCUGCAACUCAUCUGUUUUUCCAAAUGAGGUCCACAAAGUAUCAUAACUUUUUUUGUUUGUUUGUACUGCUGUUUGUCUUAUUUUCCAGUGCAGCAACAUCGCAUCAUGGUUACAAAGCAUCUUGUAAAAAACAAUACAAAGCCUUUACAUAACAUCUGACAGUUCAUAUUUACCACAUUUUAAGUAAUCCUAGGAACAGUGCUCAAGGUGAAUUAAGUUAUGACGGCAGGCUCUUGUGCUCAAAUUGGAGCAUUGCAUCAGAAUUUGUUUGGUAGACCAUUCUGUUACCCAAACUUUGUUCUUUUGUCAUAGUGCAAUGUAAAAUGUAAUAGUGUGGAUACCACAUUCUGAGACAUGAUUCCUCUAAUUUUUGUACUCAAACUUACUGAAGUACAUUAAAAAAUAAGGUGUGUUUUCAAAACUGAAGUAAAACCUGUAAAUAGCAAUGAAAAGUGAGACAAAGAUUUGUAAAUACAAAUGAACAACGUGUAAAUAAAUACUGGAA